UCGGGGGGCGGGGCCAGGGCGGGAAUCGGCGGCCUCUGCGGCGAUCGUGGGACACGUCGAGCCGGGCAGUAGUGGCGGGGGCUUGGUCGAAGUCCAGACCGGUGAGGGGAUCCGGGUCCGAGAGGAAGGCACCGGCGGCGGAGCUCGACCUGGGAAGACUUUUCUGCUGACUGUCAUCUUUUUCUGGAAAACUGGAUCCUUCGGACCAUAUGGGGAUGAACCAUAUGGGGAUGAACCAUAUGGAGAUGAACCACAUGGACCACAACAGUACCAUGCCACCUCACCAUCACCCGACCACUUCGGCCUCACACAAUCAUGGUGGAGGACACAGCAUGAAGAUGCCUAUGACCUUCUACUUUGGCUUUAAGGAUGUGAACCUAUUGUUUUCCGGUUUGGUAAUCAACACACCUGGAGAGAUGGCUGGAGCUUUUGUGGCAGUGUUUUUACUAGCAAUGUUUUAUGAAGGACUCAAGAUAGCCCGAGAGGGUCUGCUGCGAAAGUCUCAAGUCAGCAUUCGCUACAAUUCCAUGCCUGUCCCAGGACCAAAUGGAACCAUUCUUAUGGAGACACACAAAACUGUUGGGCAGCAGAUGCUGAGCUUCCCCCACCUCCUGCAGACGGUGCUGCACAUCAUCCAGGUGGUCAUCAGCUACUUCCUCAUGCUUAUCUUCAUGACCUACAAUGGGUACCUGUGCAUUGCAGUAGCAGCAGGGGCUGGGACAGGAUACUUCCUCUUCAGCUGGAAGAAGGCAGUGGUAGUGGACAUCACAGAGCAUUGCCAUUAACAUCAGACUCCACAUGUGGCCUUACCAAUCGCUGUAGGAAGCAUCUUGGGACUGGAAUAUAUGAUUCCCUCUCCAGUCAUCCCUUCUCUUUCCUGUCUCUUUAAACACACACACCUACUGAAUAGAGGCAUAGUUGACAGUCUCUGAAUAGUGUUUUUUUUUUUUUUUUUCAGUAAGGUGAAACUGACUUUUCUCUUGAGAAGCCACCUCUGAGAUGUCUUCUCCUUCAUCAUCCUGAGCCUUGUCUAAUCUAGGUAGCUUCCCAGUUAAUGACUUGGUUAUCUGCUUCUUUUUACUUUUCUGUUUUGGGGUUUUUCUUUCUGUGCAUUUUUGUUUUAAACAGAUAAUAUGUAUUUUUGGUGGGUGGAGUUCUAGGUCAGUGAUGGAAAGGGAUUUUGACUUCAAACAAGGUUAAAGGCAAUUAGGGAAAUCUCACCCAACCGGAACUUAAAUUUCACACUAGAAGAUAAGCUCUAAUCUCAACUCAGUAAGUGGGAAACACACUGUGCCUUUCUCUAGGUAUGAUGUGUUACAAUGAAAUUCUUGUCGUGUGUGGUGAGUGGUUAGGGACUAAAUACAGGCCUAGAGUUUGUGGAGUAUGUAUUCUUCCUCACUCACCAACUUGUGUUCCCACUAAACAUUUUGAUUAAAAUGAACUUACCAAUCAAAACAAAACAGGACAAUCAUUUUAAGACAACAGAAAUAGAGAUUGUUAAAUAAAACUAUUUUACUUUGACUCAGUACCUUAGUUUGUCCCAGCUGAACAAGAAUUGUAUUGCUUUUAUACCUAUUGUUUUUGUGUGUCUCCUAAAACCAAUGAUUUUCAAACUUUAGAGUACUUCAGAAUCACCCAGAGGGCUUGUUAAGACCCUGCUUGGUGGACCUCAAUCACAGAACCACCAAAUCUGGCAUUUCUAAAUUCCUAGGUGAUGUUUCUAUUGACAGUCCAGAGGAUUACCCUAAGAGUCUUUGCAUUAAACUAGCAAAGUUGCACCUAGAAGGGACAGAGGGUGGGACUACCUGAUAUAAGGCAUAAGCAUCUGACUUGCUGGUUGGAAGGUGGUAUCUCUUGGGCACAUGCCACAUCUAAAUGUUGCUGGUCAAUACUUAAUCAUUCCCCAAACAUUUAUUCAGUCCCAGAUACCCUUUAUGUGUACUCAUACACAAACGUGUGUGGGAUUCCAGCCAAAGUACACUUAGCAUAUAUGAAGUCUCUAGUCCUGACUUUUAAAGAUCUGAGGGUCCUUGGAAGUCAUUUCAAGGCCAAGAGACCUUGAUCUGCAGUGUAAGUCAGCCAGUCAAUAGGGCAGAAAAGCAAAAACCCAGCUCUCUGGGUCAUGUUCUGUCAAUAGCCAGAUUCUUCUCCAUGUGCACUAUGUGGGCCUCUUAUCAUCUGCUUGACCACCUUUAUUAUUUGAGGAUUUAUGUAGAUCACAGUGGCCAAACCUUUUUCUCAAUAAAGAGUCCCAAUGGAUGUUCAGUCAAUCUUUUGUCUAUAUGCAGGCUUGUUCCCAAACUACCUCUUUAAAGUGAUUCUUCCUAUGCUGGUCUUUAAGCCCUGCCCUCUUUGGUGCUAAAUCCAGUUGUGCCUCAAAGCAGAGGAAACAAACCUGCUAUCUUGUUGGCCCUUUGUCUUGAAGUUUGUACUUUCUCUGUGAGUGCCAAUUAAAUAGGGGAGAACAAGGUAUGUGUAUUUUGGUGGCUUUGAACCAAGAGGGAAUUUAAGCCUAUUGAAUGGAGACUAAAAACCUAAGAAACCAACUUUAGAACUUUGCUUUUCUUAUUCAUUCCGCUGUGCUGGUUUUUUGCACUACACAGUGAAUGACAGGUACGGACAGAGCCCAAUAUCAAGGUGCAAAUAGCUUGCUGUCCUCUCAGAAGGCAAGGAAACCGGGGAGGAUACAGAAACCACACUUUGUGUUGACCCUCGUGCUCUCUAGCAAUCUCCAGAUGAGCUACAAUAAAACAACUUCCAGGGACUGAGGUGCAGAUCAGAGUGGAUCGUUUACCUGAUGUAUGCUAGGCCCUGUGCUUAACCCACAACACCCUAAAAAUAAAGCAUAAACUAUCAGAAACAGGACCUUAUCAAUGAGGUGAGAAGAAACAAGGCUAGUUAGGACAAGGUGCUAUGAAUCUGAAAUAAGAGAAACCUCACUUUGACAUGGUUCUUUAGGGUAGCUUCAGGUUAGAAAUAGUCUACCGCACAACCUAAACUUGAGAUCCCUGAACUAGGUUGCUGGAGAAUGUGGUUAGUGCAGAAUAGAGGUAAGCUGAAGUCCCGUCCUCUUGAACUUUAAUUCCCAGCCUUUGUGUUUAUUUUAUCUUAAGGUCUCCUUUCUUUUGUGGGAAGACAUCUGAAUUUCUUUAGCCCCUGCCCCACUUUUCCCUUUCUGUCUUAUCUCCCAAAGAUCUCUCUCGGCUUCCUGAUGCAUUAGGCACUGCUACUGCCGUGGUUAUAAUUACCUAACUAGAACUUGGCAUUUACAAACCAGGUAGAGAUCCCAAGUUUGCUUCAAGAAUUUCUAUAAAACUGGUGAAGGACUAGCUUCCCCAGAGUUACAGAUCCUAGGUACUAACUCGAGUCCAAGACGGAUGAACACUCAACACAUUGCCCACACAUAGAACCUCAAAAUUCAACAAUUUUCUUCACUACCCCUAUGGCAGGGUUGUCCCAAACUCCCUUUCCUUAUUAGAAUCAAGAGUGGAGCAGGGUGUACGUGUCAUUUAACCUUGAGCCUGCCCUUUCCAGCCACCUCAGAAGAUACAUCUAAGUGACAAGUCUGCAUUUGAUGUAAUGCCUUAAUCACUAGGUUUACGUUCAUGUUGACUGUUUCAGAGACUGUAAGCUCCCGGAGAGCAGGAUUGCUGUAAUGGGGAUAUUUUAAGUGUUGUGUGAAAGAGAACAAAAUAAAUACCUUGAUUUUGUGAUUA